CCGAACAAGAAGAAAAAGGAAAGAAGAAGCCCUGCUCCUUUCCUUUAUUAAAAACAAGAACAUCAGCUAUCGAUCAUUCUCAUCACUCAAAACAAAACAAGAAGAUUGUCUAGAAGAAGAAGAAGAAAAUGGAGACACUGCAGUCAUGGAGAGUGAGACUUUCCUUCAAGAACGCAACAAUAUUCAUGACGUUGUUGAAUACAAUCACAGCCUUUUUCUUGCUUCAGGGCUUUCUCUCUUCUCCCUCUUCCCGCAACAGCAAGCUCUCACCUGACCACUCCAAUUCGGUUAAGCUCAGCUACAUCAAGGAGUCUGAAGAGAUGCGCCUUGCCAUGCAACCUUGGAAACUUAUAAAGAGAGUGAAGGAAAUUGAGCAAGAAGUACAUGUAGGACCUGAAACAGUCCAACAGAAAGAUAUCAAGCAGGCUGCUGCUGCUGAUCUUUCUAAAAGGUUACAGGAUUUCCGUUCGCUUAAUAAUGCUUCCAGUUUGAAAGCUUUAGACGAAUGGCGUAAACGGAAGAUGGAACGAGCCAGACAGUGGGCUUUGGAAAAAAAUGGAACAAUAACCUCCCAGGCUUGAUGCCCUUUAUGAAAUGUGUGAUUAAGGGGAUUUGUGAUGUUAAGCAUCGAUUACACUACUAUGAAAUCACCUCAAGAUUGCAUAAAUGUACAUAAAGAAAACUGAAUGUUACACCAAUUUCAGAGGAAGUGUCUUAGGCA